AUGGGAGGCUGUCUGGGAACCAGCAAGAACCACCACCCGUCGCAACCGAUCGCUUCGGAUCAGAAAGGAGGAGAUGAAGCACCGGUUCGUCCUCGCCCCACUCGCCCCGCGCGCAGUCGGUCGGAAGCCGCGGCUACCGCGUGCCUUCCCCCCCGCUCACCCAAACACUACUACCGCCGAACGGAUGACGUCACGACGAGAGCCGAUGACGUCACGACGCCAGCCGUUGGAGUCGAUCCUGGCAGAGGAGGGGAUGACGUCAUGCAGAAGGGACAGGAUGACGUCACGCCUAACGGCGUUCAUAGCUCAGCGUCGAAGGGGGUCCCUUUGGAUCGAGAUGGCAAUGCCACGGUUUUCCCAGACACUACUGCAGACCCAGCAGACGCGUGGGUGCACCGCCCCCCUGUGGACGAGGGGAAACCCAUUCGGUGGCGCAAGGGCGAGCUGAUAGGCGCGGGCGCGUACGGGUGCGUGUACAUGGGGCUGAAUCUCGAGUCGGGCGAGCUGCUGGCCGUGAAGCAGGUGCUCAUCCCGUCCGCCUCCACCACCAAGGACAAGGCGCAGGAGUACAUCAAGGGACUGGAGGCGGAGGUGGCAGUGCUGAGGAACCUCUCCCACCCCAACAUAGUGCGAUAUCUGGGCACGGCAAGGGAGGAGGAGGCACUUAACAUCUUUCUUGAGUUCGUGCCUGGGGGUUCUAUUGCCUCUCUGCUCAACAAGUUUGGGUGUUUCACAGAGAAGGUCAUCCGGAUGUACACGCGGCAGCUGAUGACUGGCCUGAGCUACCUUCACUAUAAUCACAUCAUGCACCGCGAUAUCAAGGGCGCCAACAUUCUGGUGGACAACAGGGGGUGCAUCAAGCUGGCUGACUUUGGGGCAUCACGCAAGCUGGCGGAUCUGGCGACGAUGAGUGGGCACAAGUCCAUGAAGGGCACGCCCUACUGGAUGGCGCCAGAGGUUAUCAAGCAGACGGGCCACGGCAGGUGGGUGGGUGCGUGUGUGCGCAUGUUCCUCUGUUUGCGUACCUGCGUCACAGAGUUACAGGCAACAGGGAAGCCUUUUUGGAGCGAGCUCACACCUUUUUGCAUCCCUUCUCAUCCCUCUCAACCGCUCUCUCUCCUGCUCCCUCUGCACUGCAGGCCGGCGGACAUCUGGAGUGUGGCGUGCACAGUCAUUGAGAUGGCAACGGGCAAGCCGCCCUGGAUCAAGCUCACACAUCUUCCAUCCCUUUUCACCCCUCUCAACCGCUCCCUCUCCUGCUCUCCUUUACUGCAGACCGGCGGACAUCUGGAGUGUGGCGUGCACAGUCAUCGAGAUGGCAACAGGCAAGCCGCCUUGGAGCGAGUUCCUCUCUCAGGUCUCAGCUCUCUUCCACAUAGCGCAGUCCAAGGGCCCGCCGCUCAUCCCCGACCAUCUGUCUGCGGACGCCAAGGACUUUCUGCUGCGCUGCUUUCACCGGACGAGGGGAAGGAAGGCGAGGGGGCGAAUCUCACGGGCGAAUGUCACGGGGUGCGCAUGUCACGGGCGAAUCUCAUGUCUGUUACCAGCACGGCAUGGCAGCCUGGAACCUUCUCGGAGCUUUCUGACCUCUCAUUUCGGAGUGAUUUCAACCCAAUGGAGGAGCCAUCUCACAACGACCCGCUGGGGUCAUACGUCACAGCAGCCCGUGGGCAUGGGGGCGAGUCCUCUGCUUUCACUGAGGACGAGGUUACGGGCCCUCUCAGAGAACACGUGGGGGCUGAUAGCGCCUCUAGGGAUGAGAAUGAUUCUGUGGGUGGGACGAGCAGUGGAGUGGUGGGAGAGAGAGGAGAACAGGGAGAGGGAGAGGGAGAGGGAAGGGGGAAGGAGAGAGGGGACGAGGGGGAGAGUGGGGAGGUGGAGGGGAGAGAGAAGGAGAAGGGGUGGGAGGGGGGCAGGGCCAGUGGAGGGAGGGAGGGGGUGGAGAGGGGAGGGGAGGAUCGUGUGGCUGUGAUGGUCAGCCGUGGGAGUGCAGGCGGGGAGCAGAUGAGGCAAGGGCAGGAGAGGAAGGACGGGCAGCAGAAGCUGCCAGCUGAAGGGCUGAGUGGUGGUGAGAGGUUGAGACCGGUAGAGGGUGUUAGGGCAGCAGAGGGGCUGAGACCGUUGCUGAGACCGUCUCUGCCUCAGCUGGACUUGUCUCUUGCAAUUUCACACGCGCAAGGAGGGCUUGGAGGAGGGCAGGAGGGACCGGGAGGGCUGGAGAGGGACGGGAGUGGAGUGUACGUAGAAGGCACACCGCCUGCAGCUGCCAGUGCUGCUGUCAUGUGCGGCCCAGGGAGCGAGGCAGGAAUGGCAGGCAUGGCAGGAAUGGCGUUGAGAGAGGCGGAUGGAGUGCAGGCAGUGCUGCAGGCGGAACAACAAGGAGAGCAGCAGGCAGCAGUUUCCAGUGACAGCGUCGGUCGGCCGCCGUCUCCUUCCCUGCUGAAGCAGGGUGGUGUGGUUGGUGCAGGAGGGGUGGGUGGGUUGGGCCACAACACGCCAGGGCAGGCCACCGUACCCAGCCGGCCUGCUGGGCUCUCCCCCUCUCCCCGCCGCCACCGCGAGUCCUCUCCUGCCAGAAAGAAGCGGAUUCUGAAGGAGAGCUUUGUGCUCCCACGAGAUUUCCAAUCAGCUAUCUCCGUGCCUGGACCCGUCUCUUCCCCCUCCUACCACAGCUUCGAGGGUUCCCUCUCAGGGAAAGCAGGGGAAGGUCAUAGGGUUACCCGCACCCCCUCUCAUGGGAGCGAACAGAGAUCAGUGGGAAGCGAGAGGAGUGAGAGUGUGAGUAGAGGAGGGGAAGGCGGGUCGGUUCGGUUGGCUCCUACUCUUUCGCCGCGGCCGCCCGGGAUUGUCAGCAGCAAGUCGGGCAGCUGGGUGAACAGUAGCGAGGGCGACUUUUCCGGGCGGCAGCAUCCGGGCAGCUUUGAAAGUUUUGGGCAGGAGGGAAGGCUGGGUAGGCAGGGGAGUGGGGUGCUGCACAGAGGGGGGAGAGGGAGCGCGAGCAGCAGCAGAGCAUCCGUUGGGGGAGGAGGGGUUGGAGGGUCGGUAGUGGGGUUAGGAGGAGUGGGGAGGGUUUUGAGUGGUGGGGGAGGGGUGCCGGUGGGGAGGAGUGGGUCGGGCGGGAGCCUGUUUGCGAGUGGAGUGGGAGGAGGGCUGUACCCUUCUGGAGGGAACGUCUUGGCCUUGCUACACGACAGCACUGACAGCUUUGUUGGCCAAUCAGGGGACCUCAAGCGACAGCAGUGGGAGGCAGAGCUACAGCAGGAGCUGGCGCUGCAGCGAGAGCUACAGCAGGAGCUGGCACUGCAGCGAGGUGCGUGA